AUGACGGCCGGUCUUAAGACAAUAAUUGCUCUUUCUUUUGUCCUUGCGAUAGGAUUCCUCCUCGUCAUCCUCUCGGCUGCGUUAUUCCAUAACUUCCUCACGCUCAUCGUUGUCGCAACCUAUGUGGUAGCGCCGCUACCCAACUGGAUAGCUGGAAGAUGUGCCAAUCCAGAUGAUUUCAUUGAGAGCAAUUCAAGUGCAUGGCUGGACCUGGGCCGAUUUGUUACGGGGUUCCUGGUUGUGAUGGGCAUUGCCCUUCCAGUCCUCCUAGCACACUGUGCACUUAUCCAAGUCCCAGCCAUGGUCAUGUCAAUUAUCGGAGGUUUGCUGAUAUACGGGACUAUCAUCAGCUUUUCCCAGUUUUUCAAGGAGGAGCAGGACUUCUAG